AUGAAGAAAGUGUUCAUGUUUCUGUCUCUUCUCUUUUGUUCCACUUUCCAUGUCUCCCUCUCAUUCAGCGACGGUCUUGUUGCAAAUGGGAAUUUCGAACUUGGACCAAAGCCAUCAGAGCUAAAAGGAACAAUAGUAACAGGAGGCAAAAACUCAAUACCAGAAUGGGAAAUUUCAGGGCUAGUAGAAUACAUAAAAUCAGGACAAAAACAAGGUGAUAUGUUACUGGUUGUGCCAGAAGGUGCUUAUGCAGUGAGAUUAGGAAAUGAAGCGUCCAUUAAACAAAGGAUAAAAGUGAUUAAGGGAAUGUAUUAUUCAAUCACUUUUAUGGUGGCACGUACUUGUGCACAAGAAGAGAGGAUUAAUAUAUCUGUUGCUCCUGAUUUUGGUGUCAUUCCUAUACAAACUUUGUAUACUAGUAGUGGUUGGGAUCCUAUUGCUUAUGGAUUCAAAGCUGAGUUUGAUGUGGUUGAAAUGGUUAUUCAUAAUCCUGGUGUUGAAGAAGAUCCUGCUUGUGGUCCUCUUAUUGAUUCUGUUGCUCUUAGAACUCUUUACCCUCCUAGACCUACUAAUAAAAACAUAUUAAAGAAUGGUGGAUUUGAGGAAGGUCCAUACAUAAUUCCAAACUCAUCAUACGGAGUAAUCAUCCCACCAAACAUAGAAGAUGACCAUUCACCUCUCCCAGGAUGGAUGGUAGAGUCUCUAAAAGCCGUAAAAUACCUCGACUCAGAUCAUUUCUCAGUUCCAGAAGGAACAAGAGCAAUAGAGCUAGUAGCAGGUUCAAUGAUUGUUGAAGCAUUUGCUGGUAAAGACACUAUUAAAGUGCCUUAUCAAUCCAAAGGUAAAGGCGGUUUCAAACGUGCUGCUCUUAAGUUUGUUGCUGCUGGAACAAGAACAAGAGUGAUGUUUCUUAGUACUUUUUAUACUAUGAGAAGUGAUGAUCUUUCUUCUCUUUGUGGACCUGUUAUUGAUGAUGUUAAGUUGCUUAGUCUGCGUAAUCCAUAA